AACCUCGCUAAUAGCCCCAAAACCCUAGUCUUCUCUCGGCCGCCUCGCUCCCUUCUCUGGCUAGGCUCGCCGCCGCCCUCUCGCGGUCAGUACUGGCCGCCGCCCUCCGCCCGUUCCUCCUGGUAGCAGGGGCGGAGCCAGCGGUAACAAUCAGAGGCGGGGAGACCCGUACCGAGGAACCGAGCGGCGUCGCGGCAAGCAGAGGAGCAAGCCCGAGUAGCGGUGUCCAAAAUGAGCGACGACGUGAUAUGGCACUGCAUCCGCCACAACCACUGCAGCUUCAUGGCCAAGAUCACGACAGGGAUAUUCUGCCGGAAUCCCUACAAUGUGACGGGCAUCUGCAACCGGAGCUCCUGCCCUCUUGCCAACAGUCGCUACGCCACCAUCCGGGAUCAUGAAGGUGUUUUCUACCUAUACAUGAAAACUGCUGAAAGAGCUCAUCUACCAAACAAAUUAUGGCAGAGAGUCAAACUGCCCAGGAAUUAUGAGAAAGCAAUGGAUGUCAUCAACAAGCAUCUUGAAUUUUGGCCUAAGUUGCUUGUGCACAAGAUCAAGCAGCGGCUGACAAAAAUGACUCAGUAUCGUAUAAGAAUGAGAAAACUUCAACUGAAAGUGAGAGAGAAGGUAAUGACAGUGCCCAGGAAGAAAACUCAGCUCGAUAUCAGCAGGAUGGAAAAGGCUGAAAAGGCAGCUCAACUAGAAAAGAAUAUUGAAAGUGAAUUGAAGGAACGUCUGAAGAAAGGUGUUUAUGGCAACAUCUAUAACAUUCCCUUCAAAGAGUUCGAUGUCGUUCUUGGUAUGGAAAGGGAUGAAGUGGUUCUUGGGGAAGAGGAUGAAACAAAACAGGAAGGUGAAGUAGAAUACGUCGAAGGUAUGGAAGGGAUGGGUGACAUGGAAGAUAUGGAAGACUUUGAAGGCCUCAGUGAUGGUGGCACGGAUGAAGAUGAUCUUUUGGAUGAGCCAGUGGCAAACAAACCCAAGGGAUCAGGUUCUGAUUCGAAACAAAAUGUUGGGAAAAGGUCUAGGAAGGUUCUCACUGAGGUGGAACAAGACGAAGAGACAAAUACCAGGCAAAGGACGCGAAUGUGAAUUUUGGCAAACGCUACUUCAGUUAUGUGCUGGAUGUUGAUGAUGACUUUUAUUUAUUUUCUAAUUGUAAUGCGUAAAAUUCACCUGUACUUCCUGCUGAGAACUUAUUCAUGAUUUACAACGUUUAUAUGAGGCAAAUCAGGGUCUUGCAUUUACCAACAA